AGCCCUAAGUGCAGCAAGCGCGCGCGCGCGCACGCAUCAGCAGUUCUCGCGAAACGCACUUUGUUCGUCUAGCGAGACAAAGCCGCCGCCGCGCCGCGUAUACCUAGAUAAAGAUACAUUACGCAGGCGUAUGUAGUGCAAGCGAACGCGAUAUUAUAAGUAGUAGUUUAUUUACGCGUUCGUGAAAAUGUCGAAGUUCACGGGCACUACACACAGUCUCUCCUGAUCUUGGGACGCGAGCUGCACACGCUGGUCGUCAGCCGCACUCCAUAAUAAGAAUACGGCCAAUACGGGCUACAUCCUUUGUGUUAUAACCUAAUAUAUAGCUCAACUGCAUUUUUCUCCCGGCGCGUCUAUCCCAAGCAUGCGGUCGCUUCUCUGUCUUCUGGUCCUGAGCCUCGCGAGCUUCUGCAGCAGCAGCUCCGACGAAGCCCUCGGCAAAGUUAUCUUCGCCAACGUACUGUUUAGGCAUGGAGACAGGACGCCAAUCAAUCCCUAUCCCAACGACCCAUACAGAGAUGAGGCUAAAUGGCCAGUGCCGUUUGGCCAGCUUACUAACAUUGGGAAACAUCAACACUUAGUAUUAGGCCAGUGGCUCCGCAAUCGUUACGCUCACUUACUUCCUCAGAGAUAUUCCUUAUAUGAUAUUUAUGUAAUGAGUACAGAUGUAGAUAGAUGCCUAAUGUCAGCAGAAGCUAAUCUAGCUGGCCUUUACCCUCCUAACGGUGAUCAAAUGUGGGACAUACAGAGCUGGAUGCCAAUACCAGUGCAUACAAUCCCAGAAGCAGAAGAUGGUCUUUUAUCUGGAAAAAAGUACUGCGAUAGGUAUAGCUAUGAAUUACAAAGAGUGAUCAAUUCUCCGGAAUUCAAGAAUAUUGAUAAGCAGAAUGCUAAACUAUAUCUUUACUUGAGUGAAAAGUCUGGGAAGAGCAUAUCGAAUUUAGAAAAUCUUGAAUUUCUUUACAACGUUUUAUACAUUGAGGAACUUUAUAAUAAAACUUUGCCUGCAUGGACUAAAAGUGUGUAUCCAGAUAAACUAAAGCCAUGGGCAGAAAUGAGCUUUACAGUUGAAACGUACAAUACACUCUUAAAAAGGCUAAAAUCAGGUCCCUUAUUGAAAAAUAUGAUAGAACAUAUGCAUCAAAAAUCUAAAGGUGCUCUGACACCUGAUAGGAAAUUGUGGAUUUACAGUGCUCAUGAUGAAACUGUAGCUAACCUGAUGAACACUUUAAAUAUUUUUGAACCCCAUUGCCCACCUUAUGCUGCAACCCUUCUUGUAGAGCUGAGAAUGAAUGCAAAGAAUGAACACGUAGUAACUGUCUUUUAUAAGAAUUCAACUGAAGAACCAAUUUUAUUGACAGUACCCGGUUGUAUUGCUGUUUGCCCACUAGAUCAAUUUAUUAGGGUUACAAAAGAUGUAGUUCCAGAAGACUGGGAACGAGAAUGCUUGAUGGACUUUGAAAAGUUUCGUUUUAGUGUAAAUGCUACUGCUAUAAUAGCAAUUUUAACAUCAUCAAUAUUGAUGUUAGUUAUUUUGGUGAUGAUCAUCGUCACGUUUGUGUUUUGGCACUACAAGAGAGAACACAACCAGUAUUAUUUACGACUAUCAAUGGAUGGCUCAUAAAAUGUAACAAACUUUUGAUCGUAUAUCGAAUGUUUUUCAUUGGUCAAAAUUGGUAUACUGAAUCGCGAUUACUCCAUUUGUUGAAUUUAUGAUAAUCAUAAAUAUGCAUUUAUUAGCCACGUUAUUGCAGAAAAAAAUUAUCAUGAGAUAAGGUAAAAGAAUGUUGUCCGGGCAUUGACUGAGCUCCAACCAAACAUUACUGUUACCUACUAUUCUAGUAAGCGAUAAGAUACAAAAAUGUUUGUAUAUUUGUGAAAAAUAUUAUUAUUUCUGCACUUUUUAAUACCGCGCAAACGAAGUCAAACGCAGCAUAUUGAAACACAAAAUUGCUAGAAAACUAUUUUAGAUAAUUGUAGUACAAAAAUGUUAUAUAUACUUAAAUCAGAAAAUCACUGUUAUUUAGAUAAUCUCAGAUGCGGUAAAACAAAAAUCACAAGAUCGAUGUGUCAUUAUAAGACUGAAACUGUGUAACAUUUCACUGAUAACUUUUUAAUAUUAUUGUUAUAUAAAAUAAUAUCACGCUUCCACUGACAGUAGUUGUUUUAGAAAAUGAUUAAGAUUAUUUAACUAUUUUUUUUUUCGAUUAUAUUUUUUGCAUUGUGUUUUAUACAAAAAUAUGAUUAUAAAUAUAUAUUUAGUAAUGAAAUGUUUUGUAAAUUUGUAAAUUUAAUAGAAUCAUUACUCUUAUAAUUAUGUAUGAAAAGUAAUUUCGUAAUACAAAUGUGAUAAGAUUUAUAAAAAUAGCAUUUCAAAAAACUUUUGAUCAAAUAUUUUUGGAAGCACCUUAAGUAAGUACUUUAUUUUAUUUGGUAGUACUUAAUAAGUAAAGUAGGAUGUACACAUUCAUCAGUCUAGUCGUUAAAUAUAUCUGCAUAUAUGUGAUUUUGAUUUACUGCAAGUAUACAAGCAUUAUAAGUUAAAUCAUGAUGCAACAUUAAGCCUUUUAUCGAAACAGCAUACUGUUUCGACUGUGAUAAAAUUUUUAGCAAAUUAAUAAAAACAAUAGAUUUUAUUUCAUAUAUUUGGUUAUUGUAUUUUUCAAAUAUAUAAUAUACAAGAUAUGAAAAACUAUAACAAAGUGCAAAUUGCUUUAAAUGGCAAAAAAAAGAAGUAUAAAUUUAUAUGAAAAUGAAAUAUUGUCACUUGAUAAUAAAGAUAUAUUUUUAUGGACACAA